AUGACGCCCUUGCGGGCGCAAGCACUUCUCGAGCCAGAGGACAGCUCCUCCUCGGACUUUGUCGAGUCGCCCGAGGAGGAGUCUUCGCCGGAGGUCUCCGACUCCGAUGGGGGAAACAUCCAGAGUGGCGCCGACGAUCGGCGCGGAGCUGGCGAGGCGUCUCCGUCCCUCACUGUGACGUCGGGUGCCUCCGGAGAGCUCGACACCACUGGGGUGCUUGCUGCUGGUCCGAGCUCGCCUGCUUCCUCCCCGGCAUCAGUCGGGUCACGCCGGUCCUUGGGCAUUGCUGCGGCGUCGCCGCCGCCGUCACGGGCGGCUACCGCUGACUCGGCUACCGCUGACUCGGCUACCGCUGACUCGGCUACCGCUGACUCGGAGGCUAGCGAGGAGGACUACCUCGAGCGGCUGCUUGUCUGCGCGGCGGGCUUCGCGCUUGGGCUGGCGAUGCCGCGUCUGGUCAUCUUGCGGCCAUGA